AUGGGGCCCCAUUCCAAAACCUAUCUCGUCAGAGCGAUUAUAUGCCUUGUUUCCCUCGGCCUCUUAUAUAUUUCCACUUCCACGUCCCCGCAGGCCCUUUCGAAGAGAUCUUUUGUUGAUCAAGAUCUACAACUUGUCUCUAAUAGGUCCGAAUGGCAUUUUCUGGAGCGGCGUGCCGGUUUAUCAUGGGGAGAGGCUGUCCAAAAAGGCGAAAAGUACCUAGCAAACCUCCAGGGAGCUUGUGGUGACUCGAAAGCUACACUACCUGAACUUCAAUCGGAAUGGACAGAAAAAGCUUACAGCGGAGAGACUCUCACCGCUAAAAGCCUCCCGGAAGUUUUCCAGGCCUUGGGGCUGGACACCAAGAUCGGAAAGAAAGUCAAAUCUUCAUAUUGGAUACAGGAUAAAAGUUAUGGCGAAGAUCAGACACCUAGAUAUGCUGGCAAGUCUGCAAAACUUAAGAAGAAUCUGAAGUACUUCUUCCGAUAUCACAUCGAGAAUCCGGAAACGAGAGCCAUCAUCGAUCAAGCUACGGAUAAUAACAUUCAACCUUACCCAGGGACAAAUUUUCCCAUCGAGAGUGAACAGGGAAAGGCCCUUUUAGGGACCCCUAAUGGCCGUGCUGUGCCAUUUUUCCUGUCCACGCACAAGGGUUUCUUCGGUGAGAAAAUGAUUAAAUCGGUCAAGAUUUUCAAAACAAUUGAGGAGGAUUUGGAAUGGUACAACAUGAUGUUUUUCAUUGAUGUUGAGCCAACUGAUGGCUCUAGUGGAGUUUAG